GCUUUUCAGUGCACAUCCGUAACAUCGCGUCGUCGUGUCAGCACAGCAAUGACCCAAGGCACACCAACAUGUGGUAGAACAAAACCAAAGUAGAGAGCAUGCAACACGAGCGAUAUACAACGUAGAAGCUAGACACGGCCAUGGAGGAAACAAGAAGUCACAACAGCUCAAAGGAACCAAACUCCAUCCUUGAUGACAUGAAAUAUCUUGACACAGACUCCACUGUAGCAUCGGUGGGGGUGUUGUCAAGCCAUGUUGUUCUACCAUGCUUUGCUCAAUUAAGCCUGGUUGGUAUCGAAGAUGGGUCUAGUGAGGCCACAACCUCAGCUCAUCAGGAAAACUGUCCUUACAGCACUCUUGUAAAUUCAGAGACCAAUAUUGCACUAGAUGCACACAGUAACGUUUCAUUUCAACAGGGUUUGGAUUUGUCAGCAGCCUUACCUUAUGCAAGUCAAACUCAUGAUCUGGAGUUAUCGCAGCCAUCCUCUACAACUGCAGAGAAAAAGGGUGAUGAAGAAAGCACAGUUUCCACAGGAGAAACAAGGCCACAAAAUGAUCAAUGGAACACAUUAGCGAGGACUAAUACUUCCAAACUAUGCAAUAAGUACUCUGAAACAAAAUUUGCAGGUUUCGACCAUAGAGCAAAAAGUAUUGGCGUCAUUCAACAGAAAGAUGAAAACUUUGAAACUUUCCACGACGCCAACGAUACUUUUGAGGAUACUUUUGAGGAAAUGAUUCACUGUGACGGAUGUCUUGAUGAAGAUUUGCAAAUCAGGGACCGGUGUCCUGAUAUUAGGGACAGUGAAAGUUUCUCAGAAGAAGAAAGGAUUGUCCGUUCUUGUCAAAAAACAUCUUAUCCAAAUUUAAAAUGUCCAGAUCCGCUGCGUUUAAAAAAAGCAUGGGAAGUUCCGUCCGAUUUUGACAUAGAAGCCUGUGAAGAUGUACAGCUCCAUGUUGUAGGAUGCGUCGAGUCUUCAACCCACCGGACUUUGCGUUCAGAAUUAGCAAAAAAUGAUGAAACACACCAGCACAAUCUUCACUUACCUUCUCCGUCCUUCCCACCUUGCCUGGACUCGGACGCCGAUCCGCAACUUGACCAGAAAUCAGAACCUUCCCAACUAAAUGCAGGACAAGAAGCAUCUUUCAGUCUUUUCGAUGAACUUCCAAGAGAAAUUUUCUAUAAAGUACUGAGUUACUUCUCCCUCCGUGAACUGUGUGUGACCCUAGCUCCUGUCUGCCGAGCUUGGUGUGAAUAUUCCUAUAGCCCAGUACUGUGGCAGGAUCUGGAUCUAUCAGCGAAUCCGGACAUCAGCUCUAAGCAGCUGGACAUGUUGCUAGAGAGAGCAACCCUCCUGAAGACACUGAGGCUAAGAGGUCGACAACAGUUGAGUGUCUAUGAGAUUGAGAUGCUGGUGAAAUGUCCGCUACUCACUCGACUGGAUCUGGGUUUCUGUGAUAUUGUCAACCGGAGAAUUCUUGUGGAGAUCGUGAGAUGCUGUCCAAGUCUCCAGGUUGUGAAUAUGGAAGGGUGCGAUCGUAUCGAUGACCAAGUAGCCGCCCAGUUCCCACAGCUCCCUCUCCUGAAGAAACUCAACUUAUCUCACUGUACUAAGAUGACUGACGAGGCUGUGCUGCUUAUUGCUCAGGGAUGUCUGGUCCUGGAAGAGUUAAAUGUAGAUGGGAUACCAUGGAUCACUGACAGAGCUAUCGAGUUGCUAGCAGCUGACAGAUCUGGAACAUUGAGGGCAGUAUACCUUGAUGGGGCGGAGCUCACUGACCUGUCAAUCAAGUAUCUGAUUGGAUGCCCGUCACUGCACACACUCAGUUUGUCAUUCUGUGAACAGCUUACAGACACGGCAUUGAGUAUGUUACAGAAGGUGAACUCACUGAGACAUCUACGAUUGAGGCGUGGAGUAGAAUUCACUGAAGACGCCCUGUGCAGUUUCUUCUCAAGAGGCAACGUGCAAUCUCUUAGCUUUUUAGAUCUCUCGGAAUGCUCAGAACUGACAGACAAAGGUGUUGCUAACAUCGCUCAUCGGUGUUCACAACUGAGUAAUCUUGCCCUUUGCUGGUGCUGGAAUGUUUCUGAUGCUGGAAUUGAUGAGAUAGUACAGCACUGUAGCGAGCUCAAGUAUUUGGACAUUGUUGGUUUAGACAAGGUCAAGGGUCAAUGCUUUACAAGGAUUCCUGAUGCUCUUCCCAGGCUCACCUUUCUGGAUCUGCGACAAUGCAACUUGAUAAACGACACGAUCCUGAUUGAUCUGGUGAAGACAAAGCCUGGUUUGAACAUCAUCAAUUACUACGGUGAAGAAGUCACCCCAAACAUGCUAUUCUGAAGCAAAGAAGUCAAGAUACCAGACUUUUGGCGCUAUUGGAACCUGGACUUCUCAGCGACAGUCUUCCGGCCAUGUUUGAUUGACGCCAACAAGAUACAUGAUGAAGGGAUUUGCGGACAAGCUCAGGAAAUCACUCAAAGAAUGGUUGGUCGGAACGUGAUUAAAGGUUGAC